GAACAGAAAUACGCGCACCAAAAACAGCGCUCCUAUUUUUAUAAAAUUUUCGUUUUUGGUAUAGGAUGCUGAUUACAGAGUUUUUGUUACGUAUAAUCACAUAUGUAUUGUAUAUAAUUAUAUACGUAUGUACUGCAUGGUUAUUGACGUAGAUUGAUGAACGCCUAGCAUCUAUUAACAUGUUAUUACAUUGGACUUGUGAUGCUUGGCUUGUAAUUGACAUCGAUCCAUUUACAGACUUUCUUGCUGCACAGUUUCUAACCGACGGGUACGCCGCGAAGAUUAUUUUAACAUAUCGUCUUUAGUGAUUUCCAAGUGCUCGGUUAUCUAUAUUUAAUUAUAUUCAAUUAUAAUUACAGUUGCAGCCGUUCUCUUAUUGUCGACCGUUGAUCGUAUCGCAAGAAUAGUCAAAAGACCGUUUCGUGGGAGUGUCGAAAUAAUUCAUAUUGCGAACUCUCCGAUUUUUCCGAAUUUUAUUCUCCAUUAUUGAACAUCGAUUUAAUCAUCCUUGAUGACAAGCCGUAAAAUUCGUUCGUUCGCCUCAGAAAAUAGUAACAUCUUCAAGAUUCACCACUAUUUUCAAACGCGAGCAGAUUCGUUCGAAAAUUUUUCACGAUACGGUUAACAAAAUGUUCACACGAUACAGCUAUGGCGGAAAGGCGAAGGCGAAGAAAAAAAAAUUUGAAAAGGAUAAGAGACAUUCAAUCAACGAGUUGGAGAGUUCAAGAUCUAAUUUCGGCGACACUGCAGAUUCAAAUGACUUAGGGGCCGCUGAAGGCCCCGAAAUUUAUAUGAUGGACACCGUAGAUAGUGCCAGCAGACGCCAGGCCACUCGUGUCUUCAAAAAAUCCAGCCCCAAUGGAAAGAUCACCGUGUACCUUGGGAAGAGAGAUUUCGUUGACCACAUCACACACGUCGAUCCCAUAGAUGGAGUUGUCCUAAUUGAUCCGGAUUACGUUAAGGUUCGGAAAGUCUUUGGCCACGUUCUUGCCGCGUUCAGGUAUGGCCGGGAAGACUUGGAUGUCCUGGGGCUCACGUUUAGGAAAGAUCUGUACUUAGCUGCGGAACCAAUAUUUCCAGCAGUCCCUGGAUCGCAACCCCCUCGACCUUUGACACGCCUCCAAGAAAGACUCAUAAAAAAAUUAGGCGCUAACGCUUUUCCAUUCUAUUUUGAAUUACCUCCGCACUGUCCAGCAUCCGUGACGUUGCAGCCAGCGCCGGGUGACACUGGAAAACCAUGUGGGGUCGAUUAUGAGUUGAAAGCAUUCGUUGGCGAAACUCAGGACGAUAAACCUCACAAAAGAAACUCCGUGAGACUCGCCAUUCGGAAAAUAAUGUACGCCCCAUCGAAACAAGGUGAACAACCUUCGGUGGAAGUGAGCAAGGAAUUCAUGAUGUCCCCGAAUAAAUUGCAUUUAGAAGCAUCUCUCGACAAAGAGCUCUACCAUCACGGUGAAAACAUUGCUGUUAAUGUGCACAUAGCAAACAAUAGUAACAGAACCGUUAAAAAGAUCAAAGUCUCCGUACGACAGUUUGCAGACAUUUGUCUGUUUUCAACGGCGCAAUACAAGUGCACUGUAGCUGAGGCAGAAAGCGAUAUAGGAAUAGCACCAGGCUUCACGUUGAGCAAGGUCUUUUCACUAAGGCCGAUGCUAGCCGACAACAAGGAUAAACGGGGCCUUGCCUUAGAUGGCCAACUUAAACACGAGGACACCAAUCUUGCUUCUAGCACGAUGGAGGGUUGCCCAGUGGGGCCAGGUUUCACGCUGAGCAAAGUAUUUUGGCUGACUCCGCUUCUCGCCAACAACAAAGAUAAAUGGGGACUUGCUCUUGAUGGCCAGCUGAAACAUGAGGACACCAAUUUAGCGUCCAGCACACUUGUAGCGGAUCCAUCACAACGUGAAAAUCUAGGCAUUAUCGUUCAGUACAAAGUCAAAGUGAAACUCUGCUUGGGUGCACUAGGCGGAUGUUUCUUCGGUAGCGAUUUAGUCGCAGAGUUGCCAUUCAUUUUGAUGCAUCCUAAACCUGAAGAAGAGCCUCCCGCACCUGCUACAGCUAGGCCUAGUCCUGCGCAUCAACCAGUUGAUGGGGAAGUGGCUGUCGACACCAAUCUUAUUCAGUUAGAUGGAGAAAUGGAUGCAGGGGAUGACGAUAUAAUCUUUGAAGAUUUUGCCCGGCUAAGGCUGAAAGGAGAAACCGAUGCCUGACAUUGCUUGCGACAGCGUAAGCCACAUUAGGUAACUGCGUAAUGCUUUGGAUGAAUCUUGUUCUGAAUUUACAAAGAAUUUAAAUAGAUCAACAGCCAAAUUGGGGUGAAAACAAUAAGGUGUAUAAACAAACGUCCAAAACUUCGAAUCGUAAUAAUAGCGGUUACAGAAUAUUUUCUUGAAAAACGAAAGGUCAAAACUGUUAUCAGUGGGUAAUACAGGAACAAGCUGAGUCGCGUCACAAGUGGAUAAUGGAAUAAUCAUCGUGAUGUAUGCGACCCUUACAAUUCUGGUUACGGGUAGAUGGGGUUCCAUAAUUUUAGCAUCACAAGAUAGCGAUUCUGUAUGCCGUUUGUGAAUCUUCACGUACAAUGCCUAAUUUAGAACUGUUAGUCAAAGAAAAUAUCAUUGACUGGAACAAGUAUCGGUUAACUGACAAUAUUCGCCACUGACGUAUGUCCAGCGUAACAGAUUGCAAACUAUUUGCAAUGGCGGGCUAACGGAGUAAGAAUCACGACCUAUUAUGCUCGACUCACAUAUAGUUUGAAAAUGUACGUUGAACUACACAUAUUAGCACAGGCCAGUGAAAAGGUAUGUGCUUAUUUGCACAUUGUUUUAAUUUUUUUUUUCAAGAAUCUAAUUGACCGGAUAUAUGGUUAUUAAUUCCUGUAUUACUAAGUCAUCAAUUACCCCAAAGAUAACGAAUGCUCUAUGUUUCAUGAGAUCAUAGCUUGCACUAUUUGACCCUGCGUUACCAAGCCACGUACUAAAGAUAUUUAUUCAUCUUUUGUUCCAUCGUAACACGGUACGGUAUCUGUGAAUGACAGGUAAAAACAAUCGAUUCCCAACUUAUUGAAACAUAAACUAAAAAAAGGAUGAUUUAUUUUUUCAUCAACCGUUAAUCUUAUUGAACGAUAAUACUGGUUUCUGUACUGAUGUACCACAACCAAGAAUGCUUGGAAUAUGAUAAAUAUCGAUACUUGUGAUGUAUAAUUCAAUGAUAGCUCUCAUUCAUAGGUGAAUUGUCGUACUAUUUGGAACAUGAAAUAGACAAAAUAGGGGAAAUCAUGAAGCACUUCUGUAAUAACCAGAGAAAGUAUAAAGAAAAAGACUCACAAACAAUAAACUCUAUGCAAACGUUUGCCGUUUUUUAUUAUUGAAUAUUGUUUCUUUGGAAAAGAACUCAAAUAUCUGAGUAUUUUUAUUUUUUGCCCUGUAGAACAAUAUUUAACCAUGCGUCUAUACACUCAGUUUUUCAGGAGAUAGUCGCAACCGAGAUUCUAGAGUCCUAGAAUUUUCCAAUUCUUAAAUUGAUCAGCUAUUAUUUGAUGUAGUCGACCCUUCAAAAAGCAGCCCCGAUUUUUAUUCAGGUUUUUCAACACCUGGAACACUCUCAGAACCUGAACUGUAAAAUUCACGAAUAAUGUGCUGACUGAUGUGUACAGACGGAGGGUCAAGUUAGAAGAGAACAAAAAAUCUCUAAUACAUUGGACGUUUUAAAUAAAUAUUAUUAGAUGCACAGUCACAUUAAAAAAAAUUUAACUGAAUCAGAUCGACUCCCAAGAGCAUCCUACCUGAAACUAAUGAUUUUUAAUGAACUAUCAAAGACUGAAUACGUAUCCUCCAAGGAACAACAGAGAGCUUAGCUGACAAGAACCUAAAGGAUUCGCGAUUUUAAUUUUAACAUGAUUAUCAAAUGCAUCAGUCUAAGAGACUAUAAACGAAAGCAAGCGUCUCACUCAGCAAUAGUAAAUAUUACCCCACUACUGUAGACUUGGCUUUGGACUUCUUGCGGAUGUACAGUAAGGUUUUGUGAUUUUUCUAAUCCAUGCACUAAAACAUCGUAAAGAAUACUAAUUAUCUUCGGGUAUUUUCAGAUUAAUUUAGAUAACUCAAUUAUUAGGGAAAUGCCAAUUUCGGCGAAAAAUGUAUAUUCAUAAUCGCACUAUAGCCAAUAGCUCCAAAUUAGCUUAUUUUCAUCAUUCACAUAAUUUUCUAGAGGAUACGUACAAUUUAUCAAAUACCGAAUAUCGAAAUCAUCGUUGGAAUACAUUUUAUGUCGCAACUGCCAAAAUCGUCAAUGACUCACAAUCAGUGGAAAUAAUUUUCUGUGGAAAUGUAGUUUAAUAAUUUUCGUGUAUAAUUAUAAAAGGUAGAAGUUUUCUUGCACAAUAUUAUUUGAUACACAAUCUUGAGAGGGAUAUUGGAGAAAUAUGAUGCUUAGUUGUUAGUUAGUGAAUGUUCAGAGAUAUGCGGUUCAAAUGACGGAAUGUAAUGAUGAGAGAUGUUUUUAUACUAUUUGACACUGCAACCUUGUCGAAAGAGAUCAGUGAUCAACUUCCUAAAACGCAACAUGAAUUUGACAUUUUUAUACUCUUACUUAUGAAUCCCAUUCAAAAAUACAGAGUACAUGAAAGAUUCCAUUAAAUGCAUUCAAUAAUCAUCGCUACCCGUACUUUUCUGAAUUCAAAUCAAACAUGUUUCUAACACUGUGCUCCGGCAAUGGAUCGCUUAAUAACUGAUCGUCAUUCGUAUUUUACAUGAGCAGGUAUCCUAAUUUACAAAUGUAACGACGCUUUGGUCUUCUUCUAGUUCGGUAUGUUAUACUAGGAUCAGAUGUAAAAUAUCACCAUUUGUAUUCAUGCUACAUUAAGUCAUCAAUAUCCCGAAAUAAGUUGAAUAAAUAAUGAAUUCUGACUAAAUUAGAAAUUUCAAGAUAUAUGAAAACUAGAAAGGCAAAACGGUUAUCAAGAUCAGAAACCAAGCCUUGAACUAACCAAAUUCCAUUUUUAUUUUUUUAUUCAGAGUAAUAUGCAGAAGGCCUAUCAAUAUGGUGAACAAAAUAGUACCAACCAAUAUCAUGUUACAACUGAUCUAUUAAAAGAUUCAUAGAAUAUGGCCAGUUUCGAUAGAAAAACUGAAAGUUAAAUGCGAUAUAAAACAUACACCUCAUUGUUAUAUAAAACUUUUGAUGUUUGCACCAGUCAUCGCUGUUUACCACUCAUUACUAAUAUUAAAAAAAAAGUGAACAUUGAAGAGUAACCGUUCGAGCAAAUUCUUUCAUAAUUUUACAUUUGUCAUGCAAAUCCACAGAAAGAUCAUGGCUAGUGGGUCUUCUGUUCCAUAUUUUUGUACAUAUUUUUACUACUAUACAAUAUUUUUUAUGUAAAUUAGAUUUAUAAAUCGUCUAUUGAACAAUGUUGAAUUAUAGCAAUGAAUGACGCUACAGAAAUAACAGAAAACUUCGAUACUUUCGAAGCUUUGAUGAUUUCGAAUUUCGAUUGAAGAAUUCGUGGUAAAAUUACUUCAAUGUCUCACGUAAGAAUAAUUCUUAUUAAACAGCAGCGUUAUUGGAUGGCUAUUUGCAUUUGUUUUCCUCAACAUGCCUAACUGUAAAAUAUUUCACGACGGUUCUCAUUAGUCUCAAUACAAAAAGCACAUGUUUCGCCCCCCUACUACCAUGAAAUAAUACAACAUGAUACAACCAACAAGGAGAGCCUUUGAAAAAUCUCACAACGCGCAAUGACAUUGUACUAAUAAUUGCAAAGUAGAAACGUUACUUGUUUCCAAAUAUAAUUCAGUUAACUUCCAUUUGUCUGGAGAUUAAUUAAACCGAAGAAACGUACACUCUGAAUCAGUUAGUUGAAGAUGAAAAAAAAGAAAUAGAAAGAUACAGAAGUUAUGUACGUUGUAGCUGGAAAAAUAAGUUAAUAGGUAUGAAUCUAGAUCUUGUUGUCGGUAAUUUUGCAUUUGUUUGAGAUGUAUGAUGUCCUUUUCUCCUUAUAUGUUUCAUCGAUAAUCAUGACAAUAGUUUGUUUAAAAAUAAUAGCGUGUAGUUUUAAAAAAUUUCAGUUAAUCAGAAAGUCGUUGAACGGUACAUGUAGAUAAAAAUAUCCUUGAAAUCAUUCUAGUGUAUAUCAGCGGGUAAAUCACGUAUGAAUGUUGAGAAUAAAAAAGCAUUCCCGGAAGACAAAAAAUAACUAAAGAGCCUGGCAGUUCUAAAGAAAACCAAAGCUUAUAAUAUUCAGUUUGGCUAUAACGGCAGAGUGGAUAGCAUUGUCGUAAAUAAUGAAACUAGUUUUCUUUGAUCAAUGACAAUAUCCUUGAAUGAAAAUUUUCAAUGUUCAAAUAGAACAUAGAGAUUAAUGACAUUAAAAAACGAAAACAGGCAUUUCACCACAGUUUCGGAGUAUAGAUUUGGCAUGGUUGCACAGCAACAGUAUUGAUGAAACUACAAAGAAAUAAUUUUAAACAUGUAAAUGUCUAAUUAAUAUGUAAUAAUUAUAUUUGGAUAUGUAUGGGCAUACAUAUAAAUUUAUACGUGCAUUAUUCAUAAUUUUUUUGUGUAUAUGUAUAAUAUAUGUAUGUGUACGCAGGGUGAAAUUAAAUUUUGCAAAUUGUGAUAUGGCCUAGCAUUAGCAAAACUAUUCGACAAAUGAAUCUGCCCAUACUGAAAAUGAUUAAGUUCAUUUAUUUGGGAAUUCGACUCUGAAAUCACAAGGGCGUUUUUGAUUGAGAACAUAGUACGUCUGCGGAAUGUAUUCGGAGACAUAUGAAUGUAGUCUGGCCAGUGUAGGCAAAAUAAUUUGCCAGAUACCAAAACCUCACCUUGUGUAACUUGUACACCAAAGCAUCUGUAAUUAUGUUCAGUUGGUGGUGCGAUAUUUAACUCACGAGAAAAUAUGAGGAUGAAUCAAUGUAACAGAAUCGAAGAUUGAUGUGACAAAUAUCCAGCAAACCCAGAUUGGGUUGACCGAUCUAAUCUGAUAUUUACGAACGAGGAAGUAUCCGUUAUGUGAAUUAUCUAUAUCCACUGCUACGUGUAAAUUGCAUUUCAAUAUUUAAUUUAUUAAUUGUACGUUAAGUAAAUAACAAACUUUAAUGUUCGAAAAGAAACUACUUGUUAUUAUCGAAUCUAUUUGUAUGAGAAUAAAUAGUAAGUGUCGAAAAAUUAAGCGAAAACAACAAAAAAAGGAAAAAAAAAUGAAGAAAGUAAGCGUAUUCAUGUAUAUGAAAUUCAAUAAAAUGAAAUGUUACCUAACGGAAUAAA